AUGGCACCAAAAAACUCAUACUCAGCUAUCAAUCAUCCUCCUGACAAUGAACGCCAUCAUAGCCACCACCAUAUUGACGUCCCUGCCCUAUUGAAUGAAGCAGCAGAGACGGCACACACCAUUGCAAAGUAUGCAUGGCUUUACAAGCUGCUUCGCUUUGCAAAUGAAUACACGCCUUUGCUUGAUCGCCACGGUAUCCCUGAUCGACAUGCAAUCAAGAGGCUACUGACUAGGCUUGUAUCAUGCUGCUGUUUUCUUUUCAUUCUCAUCAUCGUCAUCAUAUCGCUCGUUGUGUAUUUCUUUGUUCAUAGGGGUAAUGAUGCUCCUCAUAAGCAACCCCUUACCGAUCCUGAAAAAUUGGUGAUUGAAAUACCGUCAUCCUCUUUUGUCAAGGACUUUCUCCACACAUACACAGCCGAACCCCACCUUGCAGGCACCGAUGCUGAUCGACGUUACGCUGAAUGGACUCGUGACAAGAUGGUGGAAUUUGGCAUUGAGGAUACUACCAUUCACGACUAUUAUCCGCUGUUGACAUCACCUGUGCAACAACGACUAGCCAUUGUUUCAGGUCCACCCGAAUUUAUAUACGAAGCCAAACUCAAGGAAGAUCCGAUACCCGAGGAUACUACAAGCAGCCAUCCCAAUGUCACAUCCACUUUUCAUGCCUACUCGAAAAACGGAACUGCUACUGGCCGUGUGGUAUAUGCCAAUUAUGGAUCUCGUCAAGAUUUUGAAUACCUUUUGCUUCGAGGUGUUGAAUUGCGGGGUACUAUUGCACUCAUGCGUUCUGGCGGUGGUGUAGCUGCUGGUAUCAAAGUGCAAGGAGCCGAACGGCAUGGAUGUGUAGGUGCAUUAAUCUACACCGAUCCAGCGGAUGAUGGCGCUGUUGAUAAACAAGGUUAUCCUUACACACACCCUGAUAAGGAAUAUCCCGAUGGACCAUGGCGACCUGUGAAUUCGGUGCGUCGAGAUUCUGUUGAGUAUAUUUCCAUGAUGGCAGGUGAUCCAAGUACCCCUGGUUGGGGAGCCACAACUGAACAAGGUGGAAAUGGAAAAGAACAACCACAACGACUUGAUCGGGACGUGUCACCGGGUAUGUCGAAAAUCCCAUCCCUUCCCAUUUCCUAUGGAGACGCAUUACCUCUUUUGCGUGCCACACAAAACAUCGGUGUAUGUGAUGGUGAAGGUUGGCAAGGUGGUUUGGCACAAGUUGUCUAUUGCAGUGGACCAAGUGUGGGUGAAGCUGAGCUUAUCAACCACGUGGAAGACAAGGUGACACCCAUUUGGAAUGUCAUUGGACGCAUUCAAGGAGAGCAAGAACCAGAUCAUGCAGUGAUCCUUGGUAGCCAUCGUGAUGCUUGGGUGUUUGGUGCAGCCGAUGCUUCAUCUGGAUCAGCUACUAUGUUGGAAUUGGCACGCACACUUGGCAUCCUUUUAUCCAAAGGUUGGCGACCCCGUAGAACGAUUAUCCUUGCAUCAUGGGAUGCACAUGAAUAUGGAAUGGUUGGAUCGACUGAAUGGGUCGAAGACAAUCAAGAUUGGCUCACACAACAAGCAGUGGUUUAUUUGAAUGUGGGUGGUGUUGCUGGAAAGUACUUUUCAGCAGCUGCAGCACCCUCUUUCCAUCAACUUUUAUAUCAAGUUACAAAUUCCAUUGUUGCCCCAGGCACUGAAGGCACAAAAACAGUAUAUGAAACGUGGGGCGAAUAUACCAAUUACACUGAAGGUGAAUCAAAGCCUCUACCCAACAUCCAUAACCUUGGUGCUGGUGCAGAUGCCACGGCAUUUUUCCACCAUGCAGGAAUUACUAGUGUCGAUUUGGGAAUGGUAGGCGAUUACGGUGUGGCGCAUAGUGCAUAUGACAGCUUCCACUGGAUGGAAAAGUUUGGGGAUCCUACAUUUGAAUACCAUGCAACCUUUGUCAAGAUAUGCGGUUUAUUGGCUGUUCGAUUAUCCGAUGAUCGAUUACUACCCAUGUAUCCACAAGACUACUCAUUUGCUAUACGCCAAUACAUGGAUGAGCUGCCUCUCUAUGAGACCAAUGGAAUGCUACUAGGUAGCAUCUACAAGCCUUUAUUCAAAUCCGUAAAGAAGUUGAAAAAGAAAACACGGCGUUUUGAACGACGACGAGCAAGACUUGAUGAACGACUCAAGGAAUUCGACAACAACAUAAAAGAUGCCGAGCUGCCAAGUGUAAUAGCCAAGCGUUUGGCAAAAACGAAUAAGCGGAUCAUGUAUUUUGAGCGUGGCUUUAUUCAAGAAGAUGAAAACAAUAAGAUGGGACGGCCCUGGUUUAAGCAUGUGAUCUACGCACCAAGCCUUGAUCAAGGUAUCAGCGCCACAACUCUACCAGCCAUGACAGAAGCACUUGCUGAAUCCAAUAAUGGUGAUACUGAGGAAGGACUUGUCGAUGCUAUCCAACGCACAUCUCGUGGUAUUUACGCAGCUGUUGAGGCAUUGAAGACUGAUUACGAUGAUGAUGACGAUGAUGAUGAUGAUAUUGAUGAUGAUAUUGAUGAUGAUAUUGAUGAUGAUAUUGAUGAUGAUGACGAUGAUUGA